CUCUCUCUCUUUCUCUCUCAUUAUCUCUCUCUCUCUCUCUGUCCUUUCCCGUCUCAGGAGCAGACAGUCAGUGGAGCAUCGGCACGGCAACGGAGCGACACAGGACUGACGGAGAGAGAAGAAGCAAAUCUCGCUCACAGCCACACAACAUUAAGAACAUUUACAGCAGAACAGUGACUGCAGUACAGUUAAAAUCAAAGCGGAAGCAACAGAUUGCCCCCAGUUGCAAUUGUUGCUGCAACUGAUGCUCUCCCGACUGAUCUGGGCUUGGAAACGAAGCAGAUUUGCAACAGCUCCUGCAGCUGACGUCUCCUGGGUUUUGAAAGUCAGUUUAUCUGUGUGAAAGAAAUGUUUUUUGCUCUGUCAAAGCACGAGGAAAUGACAGUGCCAUGCAACGAAAACAAAAAGCUUUAAUUCGGUCGGAAAGCAACACGUUUUAAGCUGGGCGUCAACAUCACCUCUACCACCAGCGUCUCCUCCCGGAUCAGAAGAAGACCAAGCAUCCGAGCUAUGAAUGCACAAGCAGGAGGAGAAUGUUAGAUUGACAUGCAGAGUUCAGGGAGUUUUGCUGUGAAACAGAGUAAGGUCAGGUUUUAUCAGCGAGAACAAGCAGGUAAGACUCAAAACCAGACAACAAUAAGUCCAUCAGACUAUCACCUGGACUUCUGAGGACAAAAAGGGAUGAACAGGAGUGUGUACACCAGCAUCUGCCUGAAAACAGAAGCAAAGCACGAAUCCAAAAUCUAGAGCAGAAAUGACAGUAGGGGAGAGCUUCAACUCCACUACGCACAACCACAGAUAGAUGAUCAGUUAAGAAAAAAAGCAUCAGCCAAGAUAUCAUUUAUCAGAACACUUAACCUCAUCAAAAGUGAGCAACCAACAGAGAUAUCUGAGUUCACAAGGAUGAUUUUGCACCGCUGGAGCUUGCAUUUUGUCUAACAUUCAGAGAGAGAGAGCAGCAACAUCAAAAUCUUCCUUUGACGUCAACUUCUGCUGCCACUUGCUGCAAGUACGUUUUUGCACCGAUUAUAUUCGGUGUGAGCACCUUGGGGUUCUUGCUUGACUCUUCUUUUCGGGGUGAGGUGGAUCUGCCGUGGGGGGCAGCUGACAGCCAUCCAAGACGCCGCGAGCCGUACUCCGCGUGAAGAAUGCCCAGCCGCGCUUGGCCAAGCCGGCCGACCCGGGCCCGACGGCGGGCCUCUACAUGGAAAGAUCGCAGAGCCGCAUCAGCCUGUCGGCGUCCUUCGAGGCCCUUGCCAUCUACUUCCCCUGCAUGAACUCCUUUGAUGAGGACGAUGGGGUGGAUACGGAGGGAAGGAAGUUGAAGGGAGGCAUCCAGAGGAGCACAGAGACGGGUCUGGCUGUAGAGAUGCCCAGUCGGACUGUCCGCCAGGCCAGCCACGAGUCUAUAGAGGACAGCAUGAACAGCUACGGCUCCGAGGGAAACCUGAACUACAGUGGCAUGUGUCUGGCAUCGGAUGCACAGUUCAGCGACUUCCUGGACGGGAUGGGACCCGCCCAGUUUGUUGGGAGACAGACGCUGGCGACAACAUCCAUGGGUGACAUAGAGAUCGGUCUGAUGGAGAGGAACGGGGGUUUGGAGGUGGAGGUCGUUCAGGCCAGAGGACUCACCAUGAAACCAGGCUCAAAGGGACCUCCAGCGGCCUACAUCAAAGUUUACCUCUUAGAGAACGGGAUCUGUGUGGCCAAGAAGAAGACCAAGUCAGUGAGGAAGUCUCUGGAUCCUCUCUACAACCAGGUCCUGGUCUUCUCCGAAAGUCCACAGGGGAAAGUGGUGCAGGUGAUCGUCUGGGGCAACUAUGGACGGAUGGACCGCAAAUGCUUCAUGGGUGUAGCUCGAAUCCUAUUGGAGGAGCUGGACCUCAGCACAAUGGUGAUUGGCUGGUACAAGCUCUUCCCUACCUCCUCCAUGGUGGACCCAACGAUGGCACCACUCAUCCGCCAUUCCUCCCAGAUGUCCUUGGAAAGCACCAUCGGGCCCUGUUGUGAGCGAUCCUAAGACUCACGCAAAAAUAUAAAGUUUUGUUGUUGCGGCUAAGACUCUACAACUGUCUCAACAAAAACCUAAGACACAUUUUUAUAUAUAGCCUGUGGCCCUGCACCCGGGUCAGCCAGGUGGUGCUGCUCCUCAGCAGAUAGGUGUCUUACCCAAGGGCACUUCGACAGGUCCAACCACACCACUCCCCUGACUGGGAAAUGAUUUUACUAACUAGUAGGUCAUUUUGCCACUCAAUGGAAAUGUACUGUAAUUAUUUUGAUAUUGUAUUAGACUGUUUCCCAAGACUCAUGGGAAGCACAUUUCUUUUGUUGUUGCAACCGACCGCCCCUCAGACUCACAGAAAAAUUUCGCUUUCUUCAGAUCUCUUUGAUGAAAAAGCAAAAACUUACUUAAUGAGGAUACUUCAAAGGAGGGCUCGGUUGCCAACAUUGAUUACAUCCUAUUGGGACCACAAUACACGGCGGGCUCAGCUUUGCUUCAGCUACGCGCCUUCUUCGCAGCCUACAUUCAAUUGUCAUUCCCAGGACUCUUUGUUGUCUUGGUGUGUCCUCAUUAAGGGGCUGGACAGCUCCUGAGUGUUAUCUGUCAAUCCACGAGUCCAGAGAGAAAGUGAGACUGCCCUCGGACGGUUUGAGACACCAGCGUCCCAUUCUGCAGGAGCAUGGGGACAGCAGGUUUUAGAUGAAGGGAUCUGUGCGCAGCAGGACUACAGAGGACUUCAAAAAAGAAUGAAGACAUCUUGGUUUCGAACACUCUGACUUGAGCUGUUUUUGGUUUUUGUGUCACACAUUUGGCCCUUCUGUGUUCAGUUUGUUUGGUACUCUGUGUGUGUGUGUGUGUGUGUGUGGAACAGGCAUGAAUGAAAACCCCUUUCAUCUUCUAGAUCUCUACCUGAUCUUGGGGAUCCAGAGUACUGCUGGGUUUCUAUCCUGCCAGUUGGCCUGGAUAUACUUGUCGCACCAGGUAUAAAUUGGUUCCUGAGUGGAUUUAUAUGGUUUAAAAGAAGAACUAGCAGGUUCUGAGUUCCCAAAGACCAUGUGCAAGUAUGACCCAAGAGUCAUUUUCAUUCCAAUCAAUCAUUCAAUAAGCUGAUUUUAUUCAGUAUUGUGUCAUCUACUAUGGAAGGCACUUUUUAGAUAAAUCAGCUAGAGUUGUGUUUGGUGAGGAUGAAAACAUGCAGACUUGUGAUCUCCGACCCCAUUUUACCUGGUUGUUUUUUUUAAUCUAAAUUGAUUACACCCAAAUAGAGAUUUCCAGCUUAAAGCAAUUUGAAAUCUGAUUGCCUGAACCCGUUAAUUACAUUAUACCCUAGUGCAUUAUGCUGCCACUAAAGAUGCAUCCCAAAGUGGAAAAAUGGCAUAUACAGAUAUCUGGCGUGACAGCCAAACUAAACUGGAUUUUAUGCGCUCAAUAUAUUGUAUUAGAUCUGGAUUAGAAAUCAAAGUGGCUAACCAUACAUGCAUGUGACUGUCACGUCCAAAUGCAAUGUGGUUAAACCAUAUCAGGAUACAAUCUAGAUACAGCUGUUAUUAAACUGCCAAGUGUAAAUGGGGUCUGAAAAGUUAAGGCUGUCAUGUCCUCAUUUGGUUCAGUUCUGUUCUGUGUUUUCACAUCCACCUGGUCGUGCAGGUCACAUCAAGUGCAGGGGUUAGUUAUUGUACCUGUGUUGUAGCGCUGACACGUGAUACUAAUACAAAAAAGACAUAUGUUUCCACAGGCAUUGAGGACAGUAGCCUGGCUGACAGUAUAGGGCUGAGAACUUGCUGUAUAUCCCAGUUUAAUUGUAGUUUGGAAUGCUCUUUAGCUUAUACUCUAGAAGUAGAUUUUUAAGAUUCCUCCUCUCUUUUUUUAAAGCUUUGGCUAACAGUUGUCUAAUAACAGUUUCUACUGUGCCAAUUUCUACCAGCAAGUGUCUUCUCCUUCCUCUUCUUCAAUUACCUUGCAGCAUGUGCUAUUGUGAGGGAGGAACACAAACAACCACUCACAACAUCUGACAGCAAGUAUUCAGGCCGUGCAGAGACGCAUCCCUUUUAUUCUAAAUUACAGCCCUAAUCCACAAACCGCCAAGGCACCUGGUGAUUAGCCAUGCUACGACUCAGUACGGAGAGAGGAAGAGAGGGAGGAAAAGGAAAGAGAGAGGAAGGAAGCAUGAAAUGUACUUUGCAUCAUCCAAACAAAGGAUCUGUCUGGACUGACGUUCGCAGAUUAAAAAAAAAAGGACACAAAAAUAGGAUGAAUUUAAAGGGAACACAAUGUGCACACUGUAGAGAAAUUUAUAGUUUAUUAACGAACAAAAGUAUAUGUAUUUAAUUUGGGCACUUUAUGAUUCUUAAUGUUUUUUUAUGUGUAAAUAUUAUGGUUGUUAGUGUCUUUUGGAGUGAGCCAAAGUUAAUCUAUAAUGACGUAGUUGAUUAAUGUUAAAAUCUGAGGGAGGGAAGGGAUAUCCUUGCUAGUUACCGUAAGAUUGUAGCAUUAGCUGGUAGCAUCCGCAUGACUGAUUAAAACUUCUAAUUAAUUAGCAGGCAACUUGAUAAGACUAAGCAUGAGCUAUAAGCUAUACAGAAAGAGGAGGGAUGAAAUACAGUGUGUUGGGUUGAGACCAACAUCAAUUGAGGAAUAAAUACAUAUGUAGCAAUUGAAAUCAGAUUCAAAGUUUACUGAAUUUCAUUUUGGGCUUUUUUCUUUCA